GGGCGAGCUUGCGGGGCCCGGGCCGCCCCCAGCCCCAGCCCCGCCGGGCCCCGCCCCCCGCCGAGUGCAUGAGGUUGACGCUACUUUGUUGCACCUGGAGGGAAGAACGUAUGGGAGAGGAAGGAAGCGAGUUGCCCGUGUGUGCAAGCUGCGGCCAGAGGAUCUACGAUGGCCAGUACCUCCAGGCCCUGAAUGCUGACUGGCACGCAGACUGCUUCAGGUGUUGCGAAUGCAGUGCCUCCCUUUCACACCAGUACUAUGAGAAGGAUGGGCAGCUCUUCUGCAAGAAGGACUACUGGGCCCGCUAUGGCGAGUCUUGCCACGGGUGCUCAGAGCACAUCACCAAGGGGCUGGUCAUGGUGGCCGGGGAGCUGAAGUACCACCCCGAAUGCUUCAUCUGCCUCACAUGUGGGACCUUCAUUGGUGAUGGAGACACCUACACUCUGGUGGAGCACUCCAAGCUCUACUGCGGACACUGCUACUACCAGACUGUGGUGACCCCCGUCAUUGAGCAGAUCCUGCCUGAUUCCCCCAGCUCCCACCUGCCCCACACAGUCACCCUCGUAUCCAUCCCAGCCUCGGCUCAUGGCAAACGUGGUCUCUCGGUCUCCAUCGACCCCCCUCACGGCCCGCCAGGCUGCAGCACAGAGCACUCCCACACCGUCCGCGUCCAGGGAGUGGACCCAGGCUGCAUGAGCCCGGAUGUGAAGAAUUCCAUCCACGUUGGAGACCGGAUCCUGGAAAUCAAUGGCACACCCAUCCGGAAUGUGCCCUUGGACGAGAUUGAUCUGCUGAUCCAGGAAACCAGCCGCCUGCUCCAGCUGACUCUUGAGCAUGACCCCCAUGACGCACUGGGCCACGGGCUCGGGCCUGAGUCCAGCCCCCUGGUCUCCCCGGUUCACACUCCCAGCGGGGAGGCGGGCAGCUCCGGCCGGCAGAAGCCUGUCCUGAGGAGCUGCAGCAUCGACAGGUCCCCGGGCGCCGGCUCGCUGGGCUCCCCGGCCUCCCAGCGCAAGGACCUGGGUCGCUCCGAGUCCCUCCGUGUGGUCUGCCGGCCGCACCGCAUCUUCCGGCCUUCGGACCUCAUCCACGGGGAGGUGUUGGGCAAGGGCUGCUUCGGCCAGGCCAUCAAGGUGACACACCGGGAGACAGGCGAGGUGAUGGUGAUGAAGGAGCUGAUCCGCUUCGAUGAGGAGACCCAGCGGACGUUCCUCAAGGAGGUGAAGGUCAUGCGAUGCCUGGAGCACCCCAACGUGCUCAAGUUCAUUGGGGUGCUCUACAAGGACAAGAGGCUCAACUUCAUCACCGAGUACAUCAAGGGUGGCACGCUCCGGGCCCUCAUCAAGGGCAUGGACAGCCAGUACCCGUGGAGUCAGAGGGUGAGCUUUGCCAAGGACAUCGCUUCGGGGAUGGCCUACCUCCACUCCAUGAACAUCAUCCACCGGGACCUGAACUCCCACAACUGCCUGGUUCGUGAGAACAAGAACGUGGUGGUGGCCGACUUCGGGCUGGCGCGGCUUAUGGUGGACGAGAAGACGCAGCCCGAGGACCUGCGGAGCCUCAAGAAGCCAGACCGGAAAAAGCGUUACACGGUGGUGGGCAACCCCUACUGGAUGGCGCCCGAGAUGAUCCAUGGCCGCAGCUACGAUGAGAAGGUGGAUGUGUUUUCCUUUGGAAUCGUCCUGUGCGAGAUCAUCGGGCGGGUGAACGCUGACCCAGACUACCUGCCGCGCACCAUGGAUUUUGGCCUCAAUGUGCGAGGCUUCCUGGACCGCUACUGCCCCCCAAACUGCCCCCCAAGCUUCUUCCCCAUUACUGUGUGCUGCUGUGAUCUGGACCCUGAGAAGAGGCCCUCUUUCGUGAAGCUGGAGCAGUGGCUGGAGACGCUCCGCAUGCACUUGGCUGGCCACCUGCCACUGGGCCCACAGCUGGAGCAGCUAGACAGGGGCUUCUGGGAGACCUACCGGCGCGGCGAGAGUGGACUGCCCGCCCACCCCGAGGUCCCCGACUGAGACCGGCCCGCCCAGCUGCCCCUGUCCCCGACUCGGGAGAAUCCACCCUGCACCAGAUUCCUCUGUGUGCGGUGGCCAGGUGUGGCACCCUCAGCGGGGCAGCGGACACCCAGACCCCUCCUCAGCGCCAGGCCCUAACUUGCCUUCUACCCUGUGGGCCGUGGCCCCUGCCUUUCCUCUGCCCCCGGCCCCAGAGCUGGCCUGGCUGCACAGACACCAUCACCUCGCCCUGCCUUACCUCUGUCUUGGUGGGACCACCCCCUCACGCUUCUCCUUGCAUGAGCUGGAGGACCCGUGUGAGCUGUACCCCAUCCUAUACCCGGUACCCUACCCCACACCCGCUGCCCCGGCUGUCCUAUGCACACUCUACCCGUCUGCAGCUCCUCCGAGGCCGGGCCAGAGGACAGACAGCCUCAGACCGUGGCUCAUCACUAUUCCCAGGAGCCAAACAGGGAGUCUGGGGCCCAUCACCCCCCCAGGGGGUGUCUAGGUAGCGUCAGGUAUUGAUAAUUAUCCAAACCCCCAAAGCAGAGAGAGGUCGUCUCCUGUGGAGUGGAAAUCCCCGUGGCUGGGCAACAGCCCUCCCUCGCUUUGGGUCUUUUUGUUUCUUUAUUGAAGCCACUUUAGUGAGAAGCAGGUACCAGGCCUCAGGGUGAAGGGUGGGUCCCUGGAGGGAGAGGGGAGCCGUGGUCCCAGGGCCAGAGCUGCUGGGAGGAGCAGCAGAGGGAGGCUGGGCAGAGUGGACAAGGCAGUGUCCACCAGCAUCCCAGCCCCCUGAAGUUCAUCUCAGCACCAUCCCGGGCCUCUCCCCGAGGCUCCCUGCCAGUGGCCAGAGCAGCCCCUGCCCCUCCCCGUGCCCCUCUGUCCUCUGGGUUCUUUCUGUGUAAUCUAUUUUUUAAGAAGAGUUUGUAUUAUUUUUUCAUACGGCUGCAGCAGCAGCAGCUGCUGGGGGCUUGGGGUUUUAUUUUUUUGGCGGGCGGGGGUGGGGGGGCCAUUUUGUCACUUUGCCUCAGUUGAGCAUCUAGGAAGUAUUAAGACUGUGAAGCCUUCUCAGUGCACUUUGAACCUGGAAAGCAAUUGAAACAGGCCCAUGGGACUCUGACUCAGGGAGGUGGGACACAGUCACCUCCAUCUAGGAAUCACGAUGUCUAAGGAACAAAACCCAGACUCAGAAUAAUAAAAUAAAUUCUGUACUCCCCACCAGA